ACUAGAUUCUUGUACGGACGAUCGUACUCUUUGUUUAUUAGUUUGGUUUUCAAGGUUCAUUUUUUUUAACAGCUUGAUUUAAUUGGUGUAGUAUUGUGGAGGUGGGAAAAAAUGGGAUCUGAUUCAGAUAGAGAUCCCGACAUAGAAUCCGAUUCGGAAGGGCAGGUGAGCCGGCAUCACAGUCAAUCUUCAUGCCCUACCGAAGAUGAUGAAGACUUGAGCUUACAUUUAGGCCCAAAAGUUAGCCUCAAGGAACAUCUCGAGAAAGACAAGGAUGAUGAGAGCUUAAGGAGGUGGAAGGAGCAAUUGAUUGGUAGUGUUGAUGUUAAUGCUGUUGAAGAGAAUCAAGAACCCGACGUAAAAAUCUUGAGCCUGGCGAUAGUGUCGCCGGGAAGGCCGGAUAUUUUGCUUCCAAUCCCGGAAGGCGAAAACCCUAAAGGCUUGUGGUUUACUCUCAAGGAAGGAAGUCAUUACCAUCUCAAAUUCAAUAUCAAAGUCAGCAACGACAUCGUUUGCGGCCUCAAGUAUACCAACACCGUUUGGAAGACUGGAAUCAAAGUUGAUAGCUCCAAAGAAAUGCUGGGAACGUUUAGCCCUCAAGCAGACCCUUAUACACAAGAAAUGCCCGAAGAGACUACUCCUGCUGGCAUAUUUUCUAGAGGACAAUACACUGCAAGAUCUAAGUUUGUUGAUGAUGACAAUAAGUGCUACUUGGACAUCAACUACACUUUUGACAUUCAGAAAGAUUGGUCCAAACAAUGACCAACCCAGCACAUUAUUACUCAUCAAAUUUGUCUUCAAACUAUUUAUUAUAUUAAUUUGUUUACCUUUUACUAUUAAGAAUUGCACACAAGUGUGUAUGUGUGUGAAAGUGUUCCUAGUUAGGUUAUACAUACAUGG